AUGAUUUUCUAUCUUCCUGCUAUUUCUCUUCCGUUUGUCUUCUACCCCGAACUUGCUUUUCCAAACUUUCCUUCUUCCUUUAUAUUCAAUACCCAGUUUUCCUUUUUACUUUAUUACCUUUUAUUUUGCUGGCUUCCAUUCAUAUAUUCGGUGUAUUUUUUUUAUUUUAUUUUCGACAUUUAUGUUCUUUCUUUUUUCUUCAUACUUUCUUCAUUUUCCUUUUUUCCAAUAUACUGUGUCUCAUAUUUAUUAUUUCAUUGUCAUUUUUCUUUCUUUUAUCUUCAUACUCUUUCCUUUUUUCCUUUCUUUUAUCUUCAUACUCUUUCCUUUUUUCUUUCAUUUAUCUUCAUAUUAUUUCUUUUUUUCUUUCUUUUAUCUUCAUAUUCCUCCAUUUUUCUUUCUUUUAUCUUCAUACACUUUCCUUUUUUCUUUCUUUUAUCUUCAGACUCCUCCAUUUGUCUUUCUUUUAUAUUCAGACUCUUUCCUUUCUUUCUUUCUUUUAUAUUCAUACUCUUUCCAUUUUUUCUUUCUUUUAUUUUCAUACUCCUUCCUUUUUUUCUUAAUUCUCUUCAUAUAUUCCGUAGAGCUUAUUGUUUUUCUUAUCUCCAAUUUUAUUUUUCUUCUUCAUGUGUCUUCUUUCUUGCGUUCUUCUUUCGUCAUAAAUUAAUGUACCUUAUUUUGUCAUGUCUUCACUGA